CUGAUGAAUAUUGAGGAUAUUGAUGAAGAAUACAAUUUAGAGUUUUCUGAAAUUAAGGAUGAUGAUAUCAACAAAUCAACAGUCCAAGAAGUUAGUUUGAUAAAGUCAAAAGCUGGAGUCCACCCACCUCUUGUAGAAACUGGCACAGGAAGUAAAGUUGAACAGAAAGUACUUGAAUCAUACAGUAGUCGAGAAUCAGGUGAUGUCACUUCUAAUUUGUCUACUGGGAAUACUAAUCCCACAAAAGAGGAGAACGACUCUGAGAAUCUGAAAAAUGUCCAAGCUCUUAAAGAUCAAAGAAAUAGUAGUGUUAUUGAAUAUAAUGAAAUGGCAUCAGAUGUAGACAAUUCGAAUUCAGAAACUACAAGUGAAUUGUUGGACUGUGUUACUGACAUAAGUGGAUCACAAAUUGUGAGGAAAAUUGAUGAAACCGUAGCAGCUGUAAGUGAACCAGUAGGCGAUAGUCGCGAUAACCCCGAUAAUAUUUCAGUCAACAAAUCAAAUCAACAACAUACAGAAAAAAAAUUUGUAACAAACAAUGAAAAUAUAAAAAUAUCCGCUAAUAGUCAAGCAGAUAGUCCGAUAAUUGGGAUUGAGGAAGAGAGUACUGAUGGACCUUGGACAUCAAUAGAAGAAUCAGAUUUGGCAAAUAUUCAUGAAACUCAAGAAAAAACUACAAAGAUAGUCGUCAACCUAGGUGAAAGUCAAUCUGAUAAUUCUGAUAUGGAUAUAACAGGUAAUGUUAGUGAUUUGGCUAAUUCGACUAAAAUGGUACAAGUUGAAGAUGAUCUUGAUAAAGUCAGAACUACUGAAAACAUUUAUGAACUAAAUAAAGUAUCAAUGGCAGAAGACAGGAGUCAAAUUGAAACCAAACUUGAAGUUAUAUCUCAAACUCAAACCACAGAGACCGCAAAUUCUCUAAGGAUGAUAACUAAUAAUGAAAAAGCAGAGGCUAUUCAAAAGACUGAUGUUAUUGGUGACAUUGAUAAUUUUAUUAUUGAUUCAGUUUCAAGUGAAAUAUCAAAUACAGCGAAUAUGGUCCUGAGUGAUGUAACAGACGAAAGUGAUAUCCUUGCAAAUAGUAAAAUUACCAUUGCUGAAGGAACUAAUGAUGAAAUCAAUGUACCACAAGGUGAAUCAGUUUCAGAUAGCAGUGAAGUUAUAACCACAUAUGACGAGAUCUUAAGCUCAAGCUUAGGUAAAAGUCAAGUUAAAAAUAUUACUAACUACACUAAUAUUGCAUUUGAUGCUUCAAACGAUAAAUCUAGAGAGACUCCAGACAACAGUCAAAUCGAAAUUGUCGAAGAUAAUGAUCUACCUGCAACUACGGAACAAAGUAUUUUGAAAGAAUCUAGAUAUAAAGCUUGUGGCAUUAAUCUCGCAGACGAAGCUUUAUCAAACGAAUCUGCUGAUAUAAAAGCUGUUAACAAUGUAGUUGGUAUAAGCUCUACAGGUACUGAUCAUGACAAAUCCAUUGAACAAAGUAGUAUUGUAAUAUACGCUGAAAAUAAAGAACUCACUUUAACGGAUGAAACUAAUAAAAUUACGGUCACUGGUUUUGCUAAUGAUAUUGAAAUGGAGUUAUGUGAAACUGAAGUUUCUAUGGGAAAGUCAGCACAGGAGAAUCUAGUUAAAAAUGAAAAUAUAAGCAGUGAAAGUGUUGUAGAUUCACCACAAAUUCCUGAAGAUAAUCAAAUGAAAAUUAUUGAAGCGAAUAUCGCCGAAGGUGUGGUUUCAGAUACAGCACAACACACACAUCAAGUAUUUCAAUCUGAAGCGAAAACUGAUGAAAAUACACUAAUUUCAAGUGAAAAUCCAAAGGGUAAUCAAUAUGAUAGUAACGUUGAGAGAGGUAACUUUACUGUAAACAUUUCAAAUGAAGCACAGAGCCCUAAAAACAUGACUCAAGAUGAAAUCGAAAUUGUUGCAGAUUCAAAUAAUACUUCAAAUGAAAAUGUAUUAGAGCCAACUGGAGUUAGUAGUGCUAUGGGUGAAAAUUUUAGCCAAAAAGCUGACUUGGAUCUUGUGGUGUCUAGUGAGAUUUCGAAUAAAGAUGAUAAAAUAGUACCAAUCGUUAGUGAAGACCAAAGCCAAGUGAUUACGACUGCAAUUGUCAAUGAGGAUCCCGAAGAGAAUGUCAACGCUUCUAAUGAUAAACUCACUAGUCUGGGUGCUCAUUUGACUUCCCUCGCAGAUGUAUCUACAACUCUGCCAAUCGGGGCAAAUUUGGAACAUGGUUUGAACCGUCCAAAUGCCAUGCUGGAGAUACCGACCCAAGAGUUGAUAGACAUCGAUGAUGCCGAAGACAGCAGUCAAGCGGCAUCUGAUGAUGGGAAUCUCAAUAAUACAAUGAAUAUCACUCAAGAAAUUAAUGAUAGACUUGAUUAUAGGGAUACAGAUAAUAAAGGUCCUAUAGCAGAAAUACUUACUAUAGAUACGACUGAGAUUUCAGAUAAUCCCAUGUGCACUAAGACUUCUGGUCUUACACGAAAUACAGAAAAAGCUGAAAAUCGGUCUGAUAAAGAUGUCUCUAAUGAAAAUGUCACUUCCGAUUUUAAAGCUGAUUUUAAAAAUAGCGAUAGUGAAAAUUCUAAAAAUACUGAUGAUCAUAUGGAUGUUGAUAUGCCUCUAGAAAUAAAUAAUGCUGAACCCAUAUUGACUAUAUCAAAGAACUUAAACCCUGUAGGAAAUGUGUCGGAAAUGAAUCCAAAUGUAGACACGAUAUCUACUCGUGAUUUACAUAUAAAUAAAACAUCUUUGGGCGCUGUGAAAGAUGUUCUUAUAUCAGAAACAGUAGAGCCUAAACCGUCGACUUCAAGAGCAGCAAUGGAACCGGCGGGUAGUCCAGAACUGGAACAAUUGGCUCCUUGUACACCAAUGAAGCAGGACGAACAAAGUGUUCUUGAACCUAAACCAUCAACUUCCAAGGUCAUGGUUGAAUCAGUGUUAUCGGAGGCGACGGACAGUCUGGGGUUGUUGGCAGAGUCAUCGAGGAUGGACGAAGAUGAAGAAGAGCCGGAUGAUGAAGACGACGUGGAGGAUGAGGACGAUUUUGAUAAUGAUGAGAGCAGUAAUCAAAUGACAGCGUAUAAUUCUGAAGACUCAAACCAUCAAAAUUCGGACCCCGACUGCGGAAGGGAACAGAACGAGAGCGGCGAUACGACUAAAGAUGAGAGUGAGAAGGACGGCGUUAUCGCGACGAACCUUAACACAGUAGAGUCUGAAGAGAUCGAAAUACAAGCUGACUCCGAUGAGAAUGUCAGCGAUGAAAAGUGCACGCAAGAGGCAGAGGGCAUCAGCCAAAAAAAUAUCGAGGAGACUGUCGCGGCGGUCCAGUCGAUCAAUGAAAACAAAGAAGUUAAUGACGGUUCAGGUUAUAUCGAGACAGUAAAGCUAUCGGAUACGUCGGACAAUGAGCUCGAUGGAGCUUCGAAGGAGAUCGAGAGCGGUGUGGACGAGGCUUCGGUCGCACGAGACAAAUCUUCGCCGAGUAAGCUGUCCAUGGGCAAGAAAAAGAAGCUGGGGAUAUCUAAAGCUAGACACGUAGUCAAUAUCGUUGAGGUCGAAGAGAGUUCGUCUGAAGAUGAUAUUCGGCCACCAGAAUCGAACGAGGAUCCGGAUCAGCGAUCGGACGUGGCACCGGACGAGGAGGGGGUCACUUCGGUGAACAUCCCCAAGGGCAUCGAGGUUAUGUGCUCCGGGGAAAGUACUUCGGAGCUGGUCGCGAAAGAGGGGGAGAUUGUUAUAAGCCGUGUUCCGAAACCGCCCCCACAUAAACCGGCUCGGUUGAACACCAGUGAAGUUACUAUAAAGACGACUUCUGGUUGUGCAGAGUCAUCUCUCGUCAUACCCGAAACUAAGUUACAGGAAGCGAAGGAAACAGACGCCGAUCUAGAAGUCUUCAAUUUGGACUCUGAUGAUGAAGACGGCUCUGCUAAAGAAUCGUCGAAGCUGGAGUCCGGUCGCUGCUUGAACCCCGCGUGCCCGGGGCGGGAGGCGGCGCAGCUCCGCGCGGACCGGGCCGCCGUGGCGCACUACUCCGCCAAGACCAGCAGGAACGCCUUCAUCUGUCGCCCCUGCUACGAGGUGGUGGCCGUCAGGACAGAGGGUCUCGUGAACGGUCUGAAGAAUUUCACUCCGCUGUUCGAAAUGAAAAUGGAGAAGCAGUCCUUGAACCUGGUGGAGAUAUCGGAUUCCGACUCCGAAGACGAAUCCAGCGCGCCGGAGCAAGCCAAGGAGGUUGUCGGCGACGAGGGAGCCAAGUUACUGGAAGAGCAUCUAGCGAAUUUGAUAAACGAAACUUGGAGUAAAUACAAGAUGGACGCCAGGAUGAACGAGGCUCGCAGCUUCGUGGACCUGGAGGUUCAGAAGUUGGAAAAACAAAGCAAGGAGAUCGACCAGAUGCUGAACGAGUGUCAGGUGGCCACGGACAAGCUGCGCGACUCGCUGUACAAGACCUUCGAGCCGACCAAGCACGACCUGCCCCCCAUUUGCAUCGUGGACAUCGUCGGCUGCUACUACGAGGGUACGGAGCAGUCCCUGGAUGAAGCGAAACAGCGUGCGAACAAACGCAAGCGCACGGAGCCGCUUUGCUCGCAGCCGAAGAAGGCGGCCAUAGCGCUCGGGUACGCCCCGCUCGACGGAGACCACGCGCAGCCGGACGUGACCCAGGAGAAGACCCCAAUAGAAACAGCACCCAACGAGUCGAAGGAAGAUGACAGGGAGGUGUCUGUCGUUCAGUUGUCGGCGGAGGUGGCGCCGCCGGACCUCCCCCCGCCCGGGGAGCUCGUGCGGCCGCCCCUCAAGCCGGGCAUGGUCGUGUGGGCUAUGAAGAACGUCUUCUCCCCCUGGGUGAAGGUCAGGAUACAGGACAUCGCGCCAAAGUCGACCACAAGCGCGUACACGACCUGUACUGUCAAGUUCGACACGAAAACGAAGAACCCGUUCAGGACCCUGAGUGCGAGGUGCCUCGCGCAUUCGGAGCCGCCAAACGCGAGACUCACUAUAGGUACGCGAAUAAUAGCUCUAUUCAAGAAUACCACUAAGAGCAAAAUGGAGAAUUACUACUCGGGUGUCGUUGCCGAAAUACCGAAUCCAGUUAAUAAUUACCGGUACCUAGUAUUCUUCGACGACGGAUACGCCCAGUACGUGGCCCAUCCCGAUACUAGGGUAGUAUGUGAGUGCUCGAACCUGGUCUGGGAGGAAGUGCACGCGUUCUCAAGGGAAUUCGUCAAGCAGUACCUCCUGAGCUAUCCCGAGAGGCCGAUGGUGAGGCUGCAUGCCGGACAGAGCCUCAAGACCGAAUGGAACGGAAAGUGGUGGAUAUCGACAAUUCUAAAAGUGGACGCGUCCCUAGCUCACGUGUACUUCCAGAAGAUAAACAGGACCGAAUGGAUAUACCGCGGCUCCACGCGCCUGGCGCCGCUCUACCUGGAGCUGCAGGCGGCCGAGCGGCAGAGGACCAGGCCGCUGCCCCGGAGCAUGGCACAGAGCAAAGUGAACAUGCCGUACGUCGAGUACACGCGCUCAGAUGAACAAACAAACGAGAAGCAGAAAGAGACAACCGAUCAACCUGAUGAUAUACGCAAACAGCGGGCUGUGGCAAAGAAAUCGACCGCGCAGCCGCAGAGCGCGCCUCCAGUCGAACAACAAGCCAAUUUGGACUCUGUCAUCAGCCGUGUAGUGUACUACACCCCGAAGAACGCAGUGAAACCUCUCAGGAUGACGUCACAUACGUGCGGUCCGAAGUGCAAGAGAACCGACGUUCUGGCUCUGAAAGACCUCAGGACCUACAAUCCGCUCGCGAAGCCUCUGCUCAGCGGCUGGGAGAGACAAAUAGUCCGGUACAAAGGAGUCCGUGACGUGAUGUACCGGGCGCCGUGCGGGCGCCGCGUGCGUGACAUCCGCGAGCUGCACGCCUACCUCACCGCCACCGACAGUGACAUGCCCGUCGACCUGUUCGACUUCCAUCCGGCGACGCACUGCCUCGCCGAGUUCGUCAUCAACAAGUGCAUCGUCGGCAAGAAGGAUCUCUCUCACGGCAAGGAGAACGUGCCCGUGCCGUGCGUGAACUACUACGACGAGACGCUCCCGGAGUUCUGCUCGUACAACACCGAGCGGACGCCGACGGCGGGCGUGCCCCUCAACCUCGACCCGGACUUCCUCUGCGGCUGCGACUGCACCGACGACUGUCAGGACAAAGCGAAGUGCGCUUGCUGGCAGUUGACCCUGGAGGGCGCUCGGACCAUCGGGCUGGACGGCCACAACGUGGGCUACGACUACAAGCGGCUGCUGGAGCCGCUGCCCUCGGGCAUAUACGAGUGCAAUUCGAGAUGUAAAUGCAAACAGACUUGCCUGAACCGGGUGGCCCAGCAUCCUUUGCAAUUGAAGUUACAAGUGUUCAAAACUCAGAACCGCGGCUGGGGCAUCCGGGCGCUCAACGACGUGCCCAAGGGCUCCUUUCUGUGCGUGUACGCGGGGAACCUGCUCACCGAUGCCACCGCUAACUUGGACGGACUCAACGAAGGCGACGAGUACCUCGCCGAGCUGGACUACAUCGAGGUGGUGGAGCAGAUGAAGGAGGGCUACGAGGAGGACAUCUCGGAGGCUGACAAGAAGCUGGGCGCGGUACGUGCACGCCGGCCCUCCGUGGCUGCUGGUGGUGUGAAGCAGGAAUCCGGUGCGAAGGGGGCCAGCUCCGACGAGCACGAGGAGUCCUCGUCAGACGACUACGAUUUCGAAGCCGCCUCCAAGGACGAGUCCGAGGACUGCGACUUCCAGCCGGGGUGCCUGGGGCUGCCCGUCACCAAGUUCAGUAAGAGGUUAAGACAGCGUGCCAAAAAGAAACAAGACGAGGAUAAAGAGAAGUCUUCGAAAGAGAAGGAGAAGGAGAAAGAGAGAGACAAGGACAAGGACAAGGACAAGACCAAAGAACCGGCUCCCGGGGAAGAUUGCAUCACCAUAAGCGACGACGACGAGGUCCGGGAGCCGUCCAGGUUCACGGCGCAGGCCGGGAUGGGCGCCAACGAGUUCGUGCCUAAACACAGGUCGGUGCGUCAGCUGUACGGCGCCGACGAGGCCUGCUACAUCAUGGACGCGAAGGUGCAGGGGAACAUCGGCCGGUACCUCAACCACUCGUGCUCCCCGAACGUGUUCGUGCAGAACGUGUUCGUGGACACGCACGACCCGCGGUUCCCGUGGGUGGCGUUCUUCGCGCUGUGCCACGUGCGCGCCGGGACCGAGCUCACCUGGAACUACAACUACGACGUGGGCUCGGUCCCCGGGAAGGUCCUCUACUGCCACUGCGGCGCGCCCAACUGCAGGGGGCGCCUGCUCUAAUCGGACCCCCCGCCGACUAUACGAUCAUCAGUGGUGUGCUCAAUAAAUAAUACUAAAAUUAGCGUCUUGGGG